AGCGCGUGGGGGCGGGGAGGCGAGCGCGCAGAGCUGGCGGGCACCCCCGCGGCCCCCGGCCCCCCAGCCAUGUCGGCCGAGGAGAUGGUGCAGAUCCGCCUGGAGGACCGCUGCUACCCGGUGAGCAAGAGGAAGCUUAUCGAGCAGAGCGACUACUUCCGCGCCCUCUACCGCUCCGGCAUGCGCGAGGCCCUGAGCCAGGAGGCCGGCGGCCCCGAGGUGCAGCAGCUGCGCGGCCUCAGCGCCCCGGGCCUGCGCCUGGUGCUGGACUUCAUCAACGCCGGCGGGGCCCGCGAAGGCUGGCUCCUGGGCCCGCGGGCGGAGAAGGGCGGUGGGGUGGAGGAGGAAGAGGAGAUGGACGAGGUGAGCCUGCUGGCGGAGCUGGUGGAAGCGGCCUCCUUCCUUCAGGUCACGUCUCUGCUGCAGCUGCUGCUGUCCCAGGUGCGGCUCACCAACUGCCUGGAGCUGUACCGCCUGGCGCAGGUGUACGGACUGCCCGACCUGCAGGAGGCCUGCCUGCGCUUCAUGGUGGUCCACUUCCACGAGGUGCUGUGCAAGCCCCAGUUCCACCUCCUGGGGGCUCCUCCUCAAGCCCCCGGCGAUGUCAGCCUGAAGCAGAGGCUGAGAGAGGCCCGGAUGGCCGGGACUCCCGUCCUCGUAGCCCUGGGGGAUUUCUUGGGGGGACCCCUGGCCCCUCACCCCUACCAAGGGGAGCCCCCGUCCAUGCUCAGGUAUGAGGAGAUGACUGAACGUUGGUUCCCGCUGGCCAACAACCUUCCUCCCGACCUGGUGAACGUCAGGGGUUACGGGUCCGCCAUCCUGGACAACUACCUCUUCAUAGUGGGCGGGUAUAGGAUCACUAGCCAGGAGAUCUCGGCUGCGCACUCCUACAACCCCAGCACCAACGAGUGGCUCCAGGUGGCCUCCAUGAACCAGAAGAGUCACAGGAGGUUGUGCUGAGGUGGGAAUGACAUCUUCAGGAGUGUCGCUGGCCUUGACUCUGGCAAAGUUCCCAAGGAACGGAGAACUUGUGAGGAAGAAGUGGUCCCUGUGAGGUCAACUAGCUGAGUAGUCUCCUUGCAGAUUUGACGUCAACUCAACUGGGAGUCCCUUCCUGAACUCUCAAUUGGACUAGAUAUUCAAAUUCUGUGCUUCUCUAGCACACUCUCCACCUUGAAUUGAAAUUUUCUGCUUAUGUUUGUUUCUCUCCCUUCCAAUCAGGUCCAACUCAUUGCUUCUGUAUACUCCUACUGCUAACAUGGUGUCCAAUAAAUAAUAGAUGCUUGAAAUGCAUCAUUGUUUUGAAUUAUGGAAUAUAUCAUACAUUAUUGUAA